UGUUUCUCAUGCUUUUCAAUAAAAGAAUUUGGUCAAAAUAAAAAAAAAAAUGAGAGAGGGGAAAGGAUGAGAGGAGUCGGAGGACCGUUGCUAUCAAUCGGAGAUCUUCUCGCAGAUCUCGUUGAAGAAACUAUUCUUGAGUCACCGGAAAACGCUCCAAAUCCUGAAAGUGCAUCGAAACUCGACCCUGAUCCCAUCUCUGGACCGUUGGAUCUAACCCGACUCUUUCAGGAGAACUAUGAUAAACUAAACAGUGCGUUUGCUGGUUCUGAUCACUCAUGGACCGCUCUAACAUUGGAGCUUUGCACUUCCCUAGAAACUGCAAACAAGUUGGUCCAUGCCACGACCACAAAUGCAAGAUUGUUGUCAGAGAAGGUAGAAAAACUCGAGAUAAUAGUGAAACGAGGAGAUUCUGCAGUAGCAGCUGCCAGAACAGUUCACGCCAUGGUUCACCAAAAAGGAUUACCCUCGCUGGACAUUUAAGGUUACCAAUUAGUUUUUUCCUAAGGUACAAACUAACCUACUAAGGUGUUGAUUGGUUCAUCCGCUAUCACUCGUAAACGCUGCAUUUGCAGUUGGUAGUGAUUAGUGGCGUUUUAUCACAAUCAUAGAAAUCGCUGUAAACUGCUCUGUAUCGUUUUAUACCGCUGAAAUCCAAAAGCUGCUUCCCGCCAGCGUUUGCGGUUGCGGACGGUAGCGGUUGGAUAAAAAAAAUAAAAAUAAAUAAAUCACGCUAAAAAAAAAAUCACAUUAAAAAUAAUUAUAAAACCCUAACCCUACUAAUCUUCUCUUAUAUAUAUAAACCCUAACCUCUCACUUUUUCUAUCAAGUUCUAGUAUCUAAUCAUGGCUUUCAUAUCAGUUGAAAAAAAUUAAGAUACAAGCAUAUGUGCCAUAAUACUUUAGUUUAAUUUAUUUAUAUUAAUGGUUCUGUUCCCACUUUUAAAUUUAAAGUAAAAAAUUCUAAAUAUGUAUCUUAUUAAUUACAAAAUUAGUUUGUUAUAAUUCUUUUUCUUUUUGUUCUUCAAAAAUUACAUGAUCAAACGAGAUGACAUGUGCGUUACUUCAACGGAUCAUUGUAGAAAAACAAAAUCAAACCAAAUAUCCUAGAUUUUUUAGUGCACUCCAGAAAGAACGUAUUUUGAAGAAUACUAAUGAGCAAUUUGGAGUUGAUUGGAGUUGGGAUCGUGAUCUAAUCGAAAAAAUUUUACAUCAUGCAUAAGACAAAUCCAGAAGAUCUAUGUAUUGGAGCAAAUUUUUUUCCGGUCUAUUACAUUAUUAGACACAACUUUGGGUGAUGUUCCCAAUAAUUGAAAUAAAACAUAUUAUUAUAAAUUUCUUAAUUUUUAAAAUAAUUAUUUAGUAUUUAUUUAUAAUUUAUUAAUUAUUUUAAACUAUUGAUUUUGAUAUUUAUCAUAGUAAUAUAGUUUUUCUGUUUUUUUUAUAUAAUUAUAUAUGAUGUUUAUUUUGGUAAUUUUAUGUUUAACCGCUAAAACAAUCGCUAGUUUGCCAGUCAAAAUUGUCCCGCAAACGGACCCGCUUUAAAAAAUUUAACCAGUCAUGCAAACCGCUGAAUAACGCUUAAAAUCGAAAUCGUCCGCUUCCGCAAACUCCCGCACUCGUAACCGCAACCGCUGCGUUUAAACCAGUCAAACCCUAAGUUCUGUAAGUCCUUCAGAAACGACUCUAUGUCUUUGUUUAAUGGGUAUGUAUCCUGAAUGAUUAAGGAUAUAAAAUAUACAAUCUUCUACAAUUUAAGAGCAAGCAUGUAUUCAAUUUGAUUAUUGAGAGACGGUAGGAUUUGGUUCCAACAAUAUUAUAAGAUCUAUAUAUAUAUAUAGUGUAUUACUAUUUGGAGUAUUUUUGAGUUAUUAAUAUCCAUUAUAGGCACUUUUCAAAUUUGACACUGUUUUGACGUUGUUUAUCUAAGAAAAAACGAAAUCAUAUAUAUUAUAAGUAAAGUAAAAUUUUGAGUUAAAGCUCUCUCAUUCAUUCUUAGGAUGGCUAAUUACCUUUUAUCCCUCUUUAUAUUUUUUAAAAUUAAAU